CUUCACAAUUCUUGUUGUUGUAGCUAAGCUUAAUUUGCAAUGGCCUCUCUUACCCACUUUUCUAUAGGACCUAGCUUUAUCUCGAAGAAGAGCUUGAACGCAUUUUCAAAUAUUUCCAAAUCCCAACCAUUGAAUUAUCAGCAAAAGUCUAGACCCAAUAGUAGUUUGUUUUUGUCAUCAAGAUCACGAAGGAAACCAUCAGAAGUAAUAAAUAUUGGGAGAAAGAGCAAAGAAUUUUUAAAUCUUUGGAGAAUUUGGUGCAAUGAAGAUGGAUCAUCUGCAAUUCCACCUAUAUCUCCACCUCUUUCCGUGAAAGAGUUGAUCCAAGAAUUUUACAAGGCCAUCAAUGACAAGGACAAAGAAAAAGUGGAGGAACUUCUAUCAGUGGAUUGUCAUUUCCAUGACCUCAUGUUUUAUGACCAUUUUGAUGGCAAAGAGAAUGUGGCAGGAUUUAUUCACCGCGCGAUGGAUGCAAUGGGACCAAAUAUUCAUGCGGUCAUUACAGGUGUGGCAGAAGACGAGGACUUGACUGCUAGUGCCAUUGGGCAUCUGGAGUGGAAAAAAAUCGAGAUACCAUUCUCUACUGGUUGCAGAUUCUUUGAAUGUGAAGAAAUUGAGGGAAAACUUUUUAUUAGGAAUAUAACCGGGGUGGAGGAACUACCAUUAAAGCCUGGUGAUGUAGUACUGAAACUCUUAAAGACAGUGAGCACCCUUUUUGAUCUCUACCCAUUGGUAGCUGAAGGUUUGUUGCACGGCAUGAAGACUCGUGACACGCAUCACGGACUAGAUAUGCUUUUAGACAUGCUUCGUAAGGGACACUCUUCUUGAUUUUGUUUGAUUAUAUGAUCUAUUGGAAAACUUCUUCAGUGGGACAGGUAUAUGAAACGCACUACUCACAUACAUAUAGAUGGGGAUCAACAUGUGAAUUCCACACACAAAUCAGUGUGAGUAGGAUAUACCUCUCGUAAAGAUUUUCUCAUUUCUACUUGUCACAUUGAAAGUUGUAGCAAAUCUGUGAUAUUUUUUUCUUCUUCUUGAUAUUAUUAUUUCAAAGUAUGAUCUGUUAUAUAUGUCCCUUUAUCAAUUGUUAAUUUGAUCAACCUAUCGGAUCACUUGAUGAGCAUAUAAAACAAGGCAUCUAA